AUGAAUAGCAUCGUUUCGAGAUCGUUGAUACGAAGAAUAAGAACGGGAACUGUGGCUCGAAGCUUUGCUAAAGCUGCAUCGCCGUAUGAUCACACUCCGUUGUUUCAAAGCAACAUUUACGAUCAUGUCGACGAGUACACUCAGCUCGCGGAUGCAAGUGCUGUGAAAACCAAAGUCGUUGAUGGAAAGGAAUUCCUAUAUGUUCCUCAAGAUGCCAUGACGAAGCUUAGUGAACAAGCCUUUGGAGACAUUGCCCACUUGUUGAGACCUAAGCACUUGUCUCAACUUCGAUCCAUUCUGGACGAUUCCGAAGCUUCAGACAACGAUAAAUUUGUGGCCAUGGAAUUGCUGAAGAACGCCAAUAUUGCCUCUGCUCGAGUCUUGCCGGGAUGCCAAGACACUGGAACGGCCAUCGUCAUGGGAAAGAAAGGACACAUGGUUCUUUCAGAUGGUGAAGAUGAAGCUGCGCUCAGUCUUGGAGCCUAUAAUGCUUACAACAAUCUCAACUUGAGAUACAGUCAAGUUGCUCCUCUAGAUAUGUUCACGGAGAAAAAUACUGGAAACAACAUGCCUGCCCAAGUGGAUUUGUUCGCAUCAAAGGGAGACGAAUACAAGUUCAUGUUCAUUGCCAAAGGAGGGGGUUCUGCCAACAAGACCUUUCUUUAUCAACAAACCAAGGCACUGCUAAACGAAGGUGCUUUAGAAUCCUUCUUGGAAGCUCAAAUUAAGACGAUUGGUACUAGCGCAUGUCCACCGUACCAUCUUGCCAUUGUUAUUGGUGGUCUGUCAGCAGAAUUGACUCUGAAGACUGUCAAGUUGGCGUCGACCAAGUUCUACGACGAUCUUCCAACCGAGGGAGAUGCUACUGGCCGAGCCUUUCGAGAUACUGCCUGGGAGGAGUACAUUCUCAAGAUGACUCGUAAAAUGGGAAUUGGAGCUCAAUUUGGUGGAAAGUACUUUUGCCAUGAUGUUCGAGUGAUACGGUUGCCCAGGCACGGAGCAUCCUGCCCUGUUGGUAUGGGAGUGUCUUGCUCUGCAGAUCGUCAGGUUCUUGGAAAGAUUACCAAGGAGGGUGUCUUUAUCGAAAAGCUAGAGUCAGAUGUCUCCAAGUAUUUACCUGAAGUUUCAUCUGAGGACCUGAGCGAAGAUGUAGUCAAGAUUGAUAUGAACGAGCUUUCCAUGGAAGGACUGAAAAACAAGCUUAGCGAGUAUCCUAUUCGUACUCGUUUGUCACUCACGGGUACCAUUGUUGUUGCCCGUGAUAUUGCGCAUGCCAAGCUGCUGAAACGUAUUGAAGAUGGAGAGGGACUACCAGACUAUGCCAAAGAUCAUAUCAUCUACUACGCUGGUCCAGCCAAGACGCCAGAGGGUUAUGCUUCUGGAUCUUUUGGACCCACCACUGCUGGAAGAAUGGAUUCGUAUGUUGACAAGUUCAUGGAGAAUGGUGGUUCUUUCGUGACCCUUGCGAAAGGGAAUCGAUCCAAGCAAGUCACAAGAGCCUGCAAGAAGCAUGGUGGAUUCUACCUGGGUUCCAUUGGUGGUCCAGCUGCCAUUCUUGCCAAGAACUGCAUCAAGAACGUUCAGGUUCUAGACAACGAAGAAGAUGGAAUGGAGGCCGUCUGGAAAAUUGAUGUAGAAGAUUUCCCAGCAUUCAUCGUGGUGGAUGAUAAAGGGGGGGAUUUUUUCAAGGAAUGGCUAGGAUAG